AUGAAAGCUGUGAGGACAGAAGAAAUGAUCACAGGACAUUCAGGUGACAAAGCCUUCGCGCAGUUCCUGACGGAUGAAAUCAAGGAGGAGAGGAAGAUCCAGAAGCACAAAUCUCUGCCCAAGGUCUCCGGAGGGUGGGAGCUGGAGGUGCAGGGCACGGAGGCCAAGCUGGUGCGGAAAAUCGCCGGGGAGAAGAUAACAGUUACAUUCAACAUCAACAACAGCAUUCCACCCUCGGCUGAGGAAGAAACACAAGAAGAGCAGAAACCUGAUGAACAGGAGCCUGAUCUUACAUCAACUCCAAACUUUGUUGUGGAAGUCAUAAAAGAUGAUACAAAACAGACCCUGGUUCUUGACUGCCAUUACCCUGAGGAUGAGAUUGGACAUGAGGGAGAGGAAGAAAGUGAUAUUUUCACCAUUCGGGAGGUCAGUUUUCAGCCCACUGGAGAAUCUGACUGGAAGGAAACCAACUACACCCUCAACACGGAUUCCCUGGACUGGGCUCUGUAUGAUCACUUGAUGGAUUUCCUGGCUGAUCGAGGAGUGGACAACACCUUUGCUGAUGAGUUGGUAGAGCUUAGCACUGCACUGGAGCACCAGGAGUACAUUAAAUUCCUUGAAGACCUUAAAAGCUUUGUCAAAUGUCAGUAGGUUAGGCCAGGAAACUGAUCUGCAAGAGUGGGUAUUCCACAGCACUGCUCCAGCCAGCAGUACCCAAAUAUAUCUUCACAACAGAUAUGGAGAGUAAGUACCUUUGGAAUAUGGAGAAUGAGGAUUCUCACUUGUACUGGGGGUUUUGUAUUUAUGUUGCAGUCCACACCAGGUUCU